ACGAGCGUUAGUAGUCAGUGGGUGGCAGAGAUCACCACUGGUACCUGACAACACUCUCCGAGAAAAUCCUCAAAAAUGGCCAACAAAUUGGCACUUUUGCACAUUGUUAUUGCGUCUUUUGUUUUCGAAUCAUUCAUAUGCAUGGUCUACCUGCGUACUCCCAAGAUGCCGACAUGACAGCGAAGAACGAGCUUGUCGAAGCUAUGGAUACGACAGUUGAUCCGUGUCACACCAUCAACGGAUGGCUGAUUUACAAUUUGAAUUCGCAAAAGUGAAUGAAGGGAUUUUGAAACCAACCUCCAGGUCGAGUAAAUGCGUCGACGUCAUAAACGAUCUCAUGGGUUACGCCCUCGGUUCAGUUUACGUGCAAAAUGUUUUUGAUGAUGAAUCCGUUAAAGAGAUUAAAACCAUGAUCGCAAAUUUGAAAACGGCUUUUAAAUCUCUUGUCAGCGACGCAACGUGGAUGGAUUCAGACACAAAAUCAAUAGCCAAAGACAAAGUCGACGCCAUGAUCGAAUUUGUCGGCUACCCGCCGUGGAUAAAGAAUAAAAAAUCCCUUGAAGAUUAUUAUAACGGGAUUCCAACAACAUCGACUGGUUGCCAUUUCUGCAACGUUCAACAAGUCUACGCAUCGGUCAACAAAAAUGAACUUGCAUCCCUUCGCAGCAAACCUGAUCGCAAUGAAUGGGAUGAAGAGCCGACAGUUGUUAACGCUUUUUACGCUAGCACCACCAACUCCACUACUUUUCCAGCUGCGAUUCUACAAGCUCCAAAUUUCGCAAAGGGACGAUCAGCAGCAAUAAAUUACGGCGCUAUGGGUAGCAUGAUUGGUCAUGAAAUCACGCAUGGAUUUGACGACCAAGGUCGACAGAGCGAUAAAAACGGCAAUACGGUUCAGUGGUGGACGGAGAAAACGCUGGAAAAGUAUCAAGUGCGAUCCAAAUGCUUCAUAGAUCAAUACUCCAAUUACACCGUCCUCAAUGAAACCAGAUUAAAUGGAAUCAACACCCAGGGCGAAAAUAUUGCGGAUAACGGAGGAGUCAGAGAAGCUUUCAGGGCUUACCGCUACUAAUGUGGCAGCAAACGGAGGCAGCGAUCCCAGUCAAUUCCAGAAUAUGACUCCCGAACAAGUUUUCUUCUUGGCCUAUGCCAACAGCUUCUGUGGAGUUAACACUCCCGAAGGGCUGAGCAACAUGGUGGAAACGGAUCCUCACAGUCCGCAUCGCUUCCGCGUCAUCGGAACGCUGUCGAAUAAUGAAGACUUUGUCCGCGAAUUCAAAUGUGGCGCCGGCACUCCAAUGAAUCGUCUAAAUAAAUGUGUUCUUUGGUAAAUUCACUGUUGAAUAAUUGAAAAAGAAUAAAUUACUGUUUUUACCAA